UUAUUUAGGAAAAAGGAAGCAGUGUGAAUUUUGCAGGGAAAAGAAAGAGUUAUCCAAAUCGAAAAAUGAUAGAAUAGAAACUGGGAAAGGAUGAGUAGCAUGGCCCUGGCGUGUGGGUGUUGCCGCUACCACUUCCCUUCACAACACUCACUCUUCAAUAAUUCAUCCUUGUCCUCCUCCUCACAGUUGAAGCGUCCUACUACUGUGUUGGUUUCUCUUUCCAAAUCCAACAACAAUGGCGAAAUUGAUAAAUCCGAUUCUAUUAAAGGAUCUGGAACCACCGCUAGAGGCCGAAGAUUGCUGAAAGUUCGACAAGACAAACAACAACGCGAACACGACCGACUUCACAAUUACCCUGCUUGGGCUAAAGUCCUUGAAGAUGCGUGCAAAAAUGACACUGAACUUCGUUCUGUACUUGGUGAUAGUAUCGGAAACCCUGAACUCAUGAGGAAGAGGAUAGAAGAUAGAAUUCGAAGGAAGGGUAAAGACUUUAACAAGUCCAAAACUGGAUCUGUUGUCGCAGCCAAAGUCACCUUUAGAGACUUCAAUCCACUUGAUUCGUUUAUCUGGUUUGAAUUGUACGGAUCACCCACUGAUCGCGACGUUAAUCUUAUUGGCAGUGUUAUUCAAGCAUGGUAUGUCAUGGGUCGAAUUGGUGCCUUCAAUUCUUCAAACUUGCAGAUAUCAAAUUCGUCAAUGGAGAAUGAUCCUCUCUAUGAUUCAGAUAAGGGUUUCAAAGUGAUGCCAUCAUCUUUCCAUGAUAUCAGUGACGUCGAAUUCCAGGAUAAUUGGGGACGAGUAUGGGUGGACCUGGGUACGGCUGAUUAUUUUGCCAUUGAUGUGCUUCUCAACUGCCUAACUGGUUUAAGUUCAGAAUAUCUUGGUAUCCAACAAAUUGUGUUUGGUGGUCGGAACAUGGGUGAUUGGGAAGAGGGGAUGACGAACCCUGAGUAUGGUUACAAGUCCUUCAAGAUAUAAACAGGGACUGGAUGCUGUUUAUCCUUGCACUCGGAUUUUGGUUCAAAAAAUGACAGUGCAGGGGACAGUGACGAUAUGCAUUGACAAGAAACACGUCCUUGGGUGUGAUGGUUAAUUUUAACUCCCUAAGGAGUACUUGGUUGCCACUUGCCCAGUAGGGUUUCUUGCAUUGACAUCGGAAAUGAUAGAUUUAGUGAGACAGUAGAAUUAGAGCCGCUUGUGAAGCGUUUUUCAUUUCAUAUCUCGUGUUAGAAUGAUGUAUCAAAAUAUAGGUAGGUUUAUCAGAAAAUUAGUUUUGAUAAUUUGGUGAUAUGAAAUGCAAAACAAGCAUAUUCAGUACUUAGUAAUGUUUGUAUUCUGGAUUAAACUUUGUUAUCAUGUUGCUACAAAUAUGGUACACCAUAUUACCAAAUCACACCAGCGCGCCAAUACACUACAAUAUGUAUCGGAUGAAUACUCAAAUUUUUUUUUU